CAGCUUCUAUGACAAGCUACCAUUAUCAUCAUCCCUGCACAUUGUCUCCAACAACCACCUCUCUUCCCGAGAAAUUCUGGCCGACAGGCACACACACCCACAGAGUUUAAUUCCCUCGUGAUCAAGAGAGAGAUGGACCUGGACUACCUCUUAGACUUCGAGGACUACUUCCCUUCCAUGAUUUCGCGCAUGGGAGCAGAAGGGUUCAUUGCUGAGCUCUGCAACGGGUUCCGCUUGCUCAUGGACGUGAACAAGGGCCUCAUCACAUUCGAGAGCCUGAAGCUGAACUGCUACUUGCUCGGUCUCGACGUCAGGGACGACGAGCUCGCCUGCAUGCUCAUGGAGGGUGAUUUGGACGGCGAUGGUGCUCUAAGCCAAAUGGAGUUCUGCAUUCUCAUGUUUAGGCUCAGCCCUUGCUUGAUGGAUGAUGGACCUAACAAAAUGUGCACUCCUCAGGGUGCUUGUGGUGGUGGUGGUGAUCCUAUGUUGAUGAUGAAUGUAAUGUAAAAAUACUGUUACAACUAUUACUCUCUUUUCUUUCUUAAUUUCUUCUCUAAUUGUUACCUCCACCUCCACCUCCUACUCUCUUUUUUCUUUUUUAUAAUAAUUGUACUGAGGUUGAACAUAUCACCUCGUCAUCCAUAUUAUCACAAAUUUCACCACUAGACCAACACCAAUGGUUCUCCAUCUCCGUUUUAGUUUCUCUUACUCAAUUGCAUAACAUUUUCGUUAAUUAGGCUGAGAGAAUUCUUCAAUUUCCAAGGAGAAUUGAUGCUGUGUUGUGACUUUUGUAAUUUGUAAUUCACAUAAUAAUGUCCAUUUGUAAUUUCUCUCUCUUUUGUUUCAAUGUAAUGAUGCUGAAUGAUUGCCUGUGUGCAUGAUUAGUUAUUCAGUAUAAUCUAAUAAUAUAUGAAUAAUGAUA